CAAAUAAUGUCCGAAUUGCAGUAAAAGUUGAUGGAUAUUUUAGUAUUUUUGUAUGUUUUUCGCAACGCAACUUUCUAACGGCAACGAAUUCAGCUGCGCGCUUUUUCAACGGCUUUCCACUGAGCCGCCGCCGUCGCCGAACAAACAAUAAUAAUGAAAAGCGCCAGACAAAAACCGAAGAGCUAAUUGCCCGACCAGUAUUAUAGCCAUUUGUUAAUUGUUAUUUCUGGCUGACGUCGCGUAAAUGUUUGCAUAUCAAUCGACCAAGUUUUCGAGCUGUUGAACCAGGGAGCUGCCAAGUAGUGUAAUAAAAUCAAAAUAAGUUAAAAGCAAAAAAUCCUUAAUACACACACACACACGGAGCAGACGUCUAGUGGGAGUGUGUGUGCGUGAGUGUAGGUGUGUGUUUAUGCGCAGGCGCCAAUUCGAGUUUCUGUGCAUUAAUUGCUUUUCGCAAAGUACUCUGCAAUACGAUCGAAAGCCCAUGCUGGCGACUACCAUGUAGAGUGACAUAUCAGCACCGCGAAUCGAAGUCAGAGAGGAAUCAUGGUGGAAUCCUCCAGUCUGGGGAGGACCCCGCCGGCGGCCCAGCAGCCCAUUCCGCAGCAGCACUCCCCGUCGCCCUCGGGACUGCGGUGCGGCAACAUGGAGACGAGGGUGCGAGGCGCCUGGUACCGCGUUCUCGUCACGCUGGAGACGGACUUCCUGGCCGUCAGUCUCGACGAAUCCUGUGAGGCGGCGCAGCCAUCCAACGAUGGACAGUCUACCACCCUGAACGGAACCUUGGGGAGCAAUCACAGUGGCGGAGGAGGCGGUGGCGCAGGUGGCGGAGGGUCUAGCGGAGCUGGCCAGAACGGCACCCUGCCCAGCUCUGCCUCGCUUCAGGGGAUGAACAUCCAGGACACGGAGCUAGAUGGCUCCGGCAGCAACGACAAUGGGGAUCUCUGUCUGAACAACAACAACAAUGCCGGCGACGGGGGCGGCAUGGAUAUGUGCGACGUACCUGACCAUGUGGCCAACCAGAAGCGUCAUGUGCGGAUCAUCAAGUCGGACAACAACGGCCUGGGCAUCUCCAUAAAGGGGGGUCGCGAGAACCGGAUGCCCAUCCUCAUCUCGAAGAUCUUCCGGGGCAUGGCCGCCGACCAGGCCAAGGGACUCUACGUGGGCGACGCCAUCCUGACGGUCAACGGGGAGGAGCUGCGGGACGCCACCCACGACGAGGCGGUGAGGGCCCUCAAGCGAUCCGGUCGAGUGGUGGAUCUGGAGGUUAAAUUCCUACGCGAAGUGACGCCCUACUUUCGGAAGGCGAGCAUCAUCUCGGAAGUGGGCUGGGAACUGCAGCGGGCCUUCCUCUGUCCGCUGGGACCGGGCGUCCCCACCUCGCCGCCCGCCCCGAAGACUACACCCCGGGCGGAUACGCGAUAUAUCCCGCUGCAGCUGACGCAUCUGGCCAGAAAUCUCAAGUACAUCGACCCGGAGAAUCGAUGCUUCGAGCUGCACUCGCCGGACGGAGUGCACUCCUGCAUCCUGCGUGCAGCGGACUCGGCAGAGGCCUUGGUCUGGUUCAAUGCCCUCCACUCGGCGAUGGGCAGCAGCACGCAGCGAGCUUUGGCCGAGGCGAAUCGGGCGCUGACCAACCUAAUCGGCGAACUGAAGCACAUCGGCUGGCUGAGCAAGCGGAUGAGCGGCGGUGGCGGCGGAAGUUCUGGGAGUGCCGGGGGUGGAGCGGCCAGCGGGGGCAGCGGCACCUCGAACAGCGGCGUAGCCGGCGAGCUGGUAAGUCCCAGCGGUCGUUCCAGUUCGGAAAGCUCGGAUGAGAGCGACAAGUGGCUGCCCAUAUUCGUGGCGGUUACGGAGCGUGAGUUCCGGAUUUACGAGAGUGCUCCGUGGUCGGUGGAGGCUUGGAGUCGUCCCCUGGAAAUCUACGCCCUGGCCACGACGCGUCUGGCAGGAGCCGGCAACAAUUCCUCCCUGAAUGGCCAGCAGACCACGGUGUUCUGCGUCCGCUGCGGCACCGCCCGCGGCGUUCUCGUCUACUGGCUGCGCUCCGAGACGCAUAGGGACAUGGCCGCCUGGGCCAGAUCCCUCGUUCAGGGCUCCCAUCAGGCGGUCAGCUACCAGAGGGAGUUCUCCUUCCGCUGCCUCUUCCAGGGCCGGCAGUGUCAAUUGGUUGUGCACAUAAAUCGUGGCUUCUUUCUGUACGAUUGCGGUGGAUUCGCUCCGACCACUCCGACGGUGGCCACCUCCAAAACGCAGCUGUGGCAGUUCGCGUUCGACAAGCUAAAGGGCUCCGCGGAUGAUGGGACCAGGAUGUUGUAUCUGGACUUUGGCGAUGACGGAGAGAUUGAACUGGACAUGGAGUGCUGCCCCAAGCCGGUUGUUUUUGUCGUGCACAACUGCCUGUCGGCCAAAGUUCAUAAUAUUGCUUAGAACGAGGUUGAAUCGGAGGGACAAUCUGAUAGUUGUUGAUGUUUCGGGCACAUUGGAUGCGCAUUUGGAUUCCUUA